CUUCCGGAUCUACAAUAAUACAGACAUCAACAAAGAACAAAUGCUCCCCAGAUAACAUCUCUAUUCACACUGCCCUCGACGUCGAAAUGGUUCGGCGACGACGACCUCCACGACCUGGAGCGCUUACAGAGCUACCGCCCCUCAAGAUCCUUACACAGAUCCUAUUGCUCCAGACGAUCUGGUACACCGUUGGCAUAGCUUUGAUACUGUUCACGGCGCUGGUGGCCGGAAAACAUUUCAGCCUAGACUUGGUAUUUAGUUGGCGGGCCUUGAGAGGCGAUACAACAGUGGGUUGGAUGCUGGGACUCGUCUGGCUCCUUAACUCCUUCAUUGGCGUAAUAUCCAUUCUUCUUUUGAUUUCUCGGAGCAAGUUCGUCCCUGAUUUCGCUAUUACUCUUCACUUCCUUCACCUCCUCAUCGUUUCUCUCUACUCCCACUCGAUCCCGCAAAAUGCUUUAUGGUGGAUGUUACAAUUUGUCAGCGCCACGAUGAUGACUGCCCUUGGUGUCUGGAGCUGCCAAUACAGAGAGCUACGGCCCAUCAAUUUCGGGGGAGGUGUUGCACAAUCCGGACCCAGCUCUGGGCACAACGAAGACAACGCACCCCUCCAUGGCGAAGAUGGUCAUGAUACAGAGGAAGGAUACGGCAGAGGACGAGGCAGAGGCAGGGGCCGCGAUGGAGCUGGAGAGUACGAAAUGGUGGGUAUGAAACCUGAGGGGGAGCCUAGUUGAAAACACAAAGGCUCGCUGGUGCGUGUUCGAGUAGGCGUCAUUGACAGAGGCAUUGGGUGGAGUUCAAGGUCGGGCUUGUAAUAAUACAGCUGAGUGUCAUCGAAUUAUGGACUAUUCUUAGCCGGCGAUACCCAGUUCGUUAGUUCCAAUCUCAAUCUAUUUGGG